AUGCUUCGGGCCACCUUCUUACGGAACAAAAAACUACCAAUCAGAGUCAAGUUGACUCCAUCCUUGCAUAUCCGUCACGCAAGUUCCAUCUCAGAUGCCUCGGCCGAUUCUGUCACUGGAAAGUAUGUGGAAGAUAUCAUUAAACCCUACACCGUCACCACCUACGCUCGUCCUAAUCUAGUCCUUACCAAAGGAAAGGGGUCCUACAUGUAUGACCUUGAGGACAGGGAGUACGUUGACUUUACUGCGGGCAUUGCAGUGACGUGCUUGGGCCACAGCAAUGAGGAGGUCACGAAGAUCAUCGCCAACCAGGCGCUGACGUUGAUGCAUUGUUCCAACUUGUACUACAACUUGCCUGCUGGAGAUUUGGCCAAUAAGCUUAUUGUAAAGACCAUUGAUGCAGGCGGCAUGGCCGAUGCCCAGAGAGUGUUCUUGUGCAGCUCCGGAACAGAAGCGAACGAGGCUGCGCUUAAAUUUGCCAGAAAAUACGGAAAGAGCAUCAGCGAAGAGAAGACGGAAAUCAUCGCCUUCCAAAAUGCGUUCCAUGGCAGAACCAUGGGUGCGUUAUCUGUCACGGCCAAUCCUAAGUACCAACAGCCAUUUGCACCUUUGAUCCCCGGCGUCCACACUGCUGACCCCAGUGACAUCAAGAGUGUGGAGAAGCUCAUCAGUAAAGAGAAGACGUGCGCUGUGAUCAUCGAGCCCAUUCAAGGAGAGGGAGGUGUGAACUCUGUCGAUCUCGAGUUUUUGAAGCAGCUCAAGGAGCUCUGCGCAAAGAACGACGUCGUUCUCAUUUUCGAUGAGAUUCAGUGUGGACUUGGUCGUACUGGUCAGUUGUGGGCGCAUUGCGCCUUGCCCAAGGAAGCACAUCCAGAUAUCGUGACCAUGGCCAAGGCUUUGGGCAAUGGCUUUCCAAUCGGCGCGGUGAUGAUCAGCGAGAAGAUCGAGUCUAAGUUGCAAGUGGGUGAUCACGGUACAACAUACGGUGGUAACCCGUUGGGUGCCUCUAUUGGUUCUUACGUUGUUGACCAGGUGAGUGACGCCGACUUCUUGGCCAAUGUGAAGGCCAGCAGCGACAAAUUUGUCGACGCAUUGAGCAAGAUCGCAGAGGAGAAUCCAGACAAGGUUGUUGGGAUCAAGGGAAGAGGCCUCUUGUUGGGCUUGCAGCUCAAGUCGUCCGUGGAUGCGACUGCUGUGGUGAACAAGUGUCGCUCGUACGGGCUUCUUGUCAUUACUGCAGGAGGAAAUGUGAUCAGACUUGUGCCCGCGCUUAACAUUCCAAAUGAAGCUAUUUCCAAGGGUAUGGACAUCUUGGCGCAGGCCAUCAAGGAAGCCUAA